AUGUGCGGCAGCGUGGGGCCUUGGCUUCCUUGGCUACUGCUGUUUGCAGGACCAAGCGCUCACCUUGCCGACGAAGCUUUGCUGGAGCCGCCUCAAAUCGGGGCUGUGCCUCGCGAGUUACUGGGCAACUUCGGAGCAGUCGUCGAUGGCCUCGCCGAUCUUCUGGGUCUUGAUGAGGAGCUAAGAGGCAAUUUGCUGGGCCUCCGGAACGAGGAGGCGGAAGCAUGCGCCGUGCUCCUCCUCCUAGCAGACCAGGCUCUGGCAAGUCCGAACUACGCGGCCAUAGGCAAGGGCGGCCACAACCCGACCUCCCGGCUGGCCUACCGCGAGCGCGCCGACCUGGUCUUCCUCCACCCGGUCUCCACCGAGCGGCAGGCUGCCGGUCGAUCCGCUCUCGCCGCGGAUGCCGAGGCUUUGGCACGAGGCAAGCCUGCAGAGGUGCUGCUGACUGCUGCCUUGGGGCGGGAGGUUGGCGCCAGCCCGGAGGAAGUGGCCCGGUGGAAGCCGACACUUUCAUCCUUAAGGCGGCUAGUGGAGUCUGAGCUGCUGAUGCCCCUCCGUGCACUGCACGAGUGCGACAUACCAGCGGGAGGUCCCCCAGGCGAGACUUGGGCCUUGGUGGAAGAGGUGUCUCGACAAAUGGUUGAGGGAAACCUGCGCCAAUGGAAGUUCCAGCAAGGUUCCCUGCAACUGCAGCACCUGAACGAAGACCAGCUGAGAGGCUGGUUUGAGCUCGGGCUUCUAGAGCACCGGCGCGAGGGCCCUGCCGGAGCGCUUUCUUAUCUCACGCGGGAGGAGGACGACCUGGAGCUCGCCUGGGCCACGAAGAUCGGAGGGCCCAGCCAUGGCUUCGACCACGAGGGCCGAUGUCUUCUUCCCCUCCUCUGCAACGCGAGACACCGGGUAGUGCUGGUAGAGGAUCGGCACCUGUGGCCUCACAAUGCCGCGGGCCGGUGCCACCUUCGACUCCUCCACCGUCUGGGGCCUCCGAGGCAGCCUGUGUUGCACCUGGAGCCGCUGAUGGCCGAGUUUCGGGCGGAGGCCCUGCCGCUCUUGGAGUUUCAGCUGGCGGUUCUCCAGCAUGCCAUGCUCAAGGCCGAGAGUUUGGCCUUGCCUUUGCUUCUUGGGGAGUCCUUUGACCCUAGCGAUCCUGCCUGGCUCCCAGAGGUCAAAGGUCAGCCAUUCCUCAAGCCGACUCUUGAGAUCUUGGUCCUGGCACCGUCUUCUGGCAUCUAUGAGGCGAGUGAUUCGCUGACAAGGAAACACGACUGGGUGCAGCUGGACGAGGAAGUGACCGAGCCCCUCCAGAGAUGGCUUUUCGAACCUUCCAGCUUCCAGAAGCUGUGA